AUGUGGGUUCUGGAGAAGUUGAAGGACACCGUGUCUUUGGACUGGAGCUUUUUCCUGGACAAACCCGAGGCGUCCGGAUCUUCUCGCCGCCUCCAUCAGAACAUCAUCACUCCAGAGCAGAUCCCAGAGUUCUGUUUACCCCCCCGACUGUGCAAGAGCCCCUCCCUGCCCCUCACCCACCCGGACCCGCCCCACAGACCCCACCGACCCCACAAACCCCACCCGGAGAGACCCGUCCGACCCGAGAGUCUGGGUCUCUACGAGCGCCCCAACACCAGACGUAAAGAGUCGCUGUUCCACGCCAGACGCCCGCUCUACCUGUUUGACCGCAGCCCGGGUACCCCCCCUCCUGGGCUCAGAGCGGCGGGGGCGAUUAGCGGCGCGGUGGCCCCUCAGUCCGGGUCCGUGUCGUCGGUGUGUGAAGGCCCCUCGUCCAGUGGCUCGUCCCCCCUGGCGUCUCCCAGCAUGCUCCGGGGCUCGGCCUCGUGCCCCGCCCUAACACAGAUCCAGAGGAGCCCCGCAGGCCUGUGCCCCCCGCUGCUCUUCCCCCUGGACGUGCUGCGCUGCUGGGACAGACUGCCCACAGAACACGAGCUUCCUCUGGAGGGACGAGGGACCAUCCGCCUCUCCAUCGAGCACUACCACACCCACGCCGCCCCCCUGUCGCCCGGCUGCACCGUCCGCCUCCGAGUCGCGUCUGUGGAGCGGGUGUCGGCCCUCAGCUGUGCCCUCCACGUGUGCCUGAUGCCCGGGAGGAGGCAGAGGCAGAGGAGCGCCGUCAUCAGGCAGAGCAGGGUCACGUACAGGUUUAACGAGGACUUCUUCUUCACGGAGCUGGAGGAGGGCGAGCUCAGGGGGCUGGAGCUCAGGGUGAAGGUGGUGGAUAAGACUGCAGGGGGCGCUAGACUCAGGAGAGGGGCCCUGGUCGGUGAGGUCAUUAAACCACUGAGAGAGCUGCUGCCCAUUGACAAGCAGUAG